AUGGCUCCCUCGCGCAGUUACUAUGCCACUCUGAAGACUGUAAUGAUUUGCUUCAACACCAUUAUCUUUGUUGUCGGCUGCACCAUGGUUGCGCUGGGCCUGUGGAUUAAGCUGGGAAGCACCUCCUUCGUCAGGGUCCUGGGCUCCACCUCGGUGAACUUUGUCCACAUCGGGUACUUCUGCAUCGUGGUGGGCAUCAUGGUGGCCAUGCUGGGGUUCAUAGGGUGCUGGGGCGCAGUGAAAGAGAGCAGAUGCCUCUUGCGGAUGUACUUCUUAAUAAUGCUGGUCAUCUUCAUCGCCGAAAUCACAGCAGCCGUCGUCGUUUUUGCUUUCACUCAGUUUGCUCGCAGUGUCAUCCUAGACAAAUCACUGACUGCCUUGAAGAAGAAAUACAGCGGCUACAAACACGAUGAUAUCGUGUCCUAUGGAUGGAAUGCAUUCAUGCUGAAGCUGAACUGCUGUGGGGUUCAUAACUACACAGACUUUUCUGGCUCUGCCUUUCAAAUACGGACCAACCUGACUUAUCCCAAAAGCUGCUGCAAAGAUCCAAUGAGCUCGGCAUGCAACGGACACAACGUCAGCAGCGUGGUCAUCAACCAGGAGGGCUGCUUCCACAAGCUGGUUUCCCUGGUCAAAGAGAAGAGCCUAUUGCUUGGCGGAGCUGCCACCGGAGCUGCCCUGCUGGAACUAGCAGCUAUGAUAGUCUCCUUAAUGCUGUACGUUAAACUGGUAUGA